AUGCCCCUGAGACUGGGCAUCCUCGUGCCCUCGUCCAACACGGCCCUGGAGCCCCUGACCACCGCAAUCCUAUCCCCCCUCGCGCCCGAAGUCACAGUGCACUUCUCGCGCUUCUUCGUCACCAAGAUCUCGCUGGAAGCCUCGGCGCUCUCGCAGUUCGACACUCAGGGCCCGAUCCUGGCGGCGGCGCGUCUGCUGGCGGAUGCCAGGGUCGACGUGAUCGGCUGGUCGGGAACGUCGGGCGGCUGGCUGGGAUUUGACGCGGACGAGCGGCUCUGCGGCACUAUCACGGACGCGUUUGGUGUGCCCGCCACGACGUCGACGCUUGCGCUGAACCGCGCGCUCGACCUGCUAGGUGUUAAGAAGUUCGCGCUCGUCACGCCGUAUGUGGAUGAUGUGCAGGCGCGCAUCGUCGAGGUUUAUGCUGGGGCUGGGUACGAGGUCGUGGCUGAGAGCCACCUGCGCGUCUCGGACAAUGUGACUAUUGCGGAAAUCAGCGAGGAGACGCUGGAUGGGCAGGUGAAGGAGGUCAUGGAGAAGGGGAGGGGCGAGGUGCAAGCGAUAUCGACGUUUUGCACCAAUUUGAAAGCGGCGCAGAGGGCGUGGGCGUGGGAGAUUGCCAAGCAUCAGCACCGUAAAGUCAUGACCAUAGACCCGUCCACUCGGAAUGACCUGGUGCCCUGGCUGCUGGUCAUCUCGACCAAGAACUUCGUCACCUUCCUCGGCUCGUACCUAUGCUUCGUGUCGCCCAUCGUCACCGCCAUGAUGGUCGACUACCGGAUCGUCCGCCGCGGGAACUUCCACAUCCCGUCGCGGUACCGGCCCGAACCCAGCUCGCCAUACUACUACACCAAGGGCGUCAACUUCCGCGCCUACGCCGCGUGGCCACUGGUGUCGUCGUUGUUUCCUCCGAAGCUCUAUCCGGAUGGUGAGCAUGCGCAUGAGAGCAAGAGUUGGGAGAGCAUGGUGGCGAUGGAGGACUUCUUCCUGGAUGAUGAUCCCGUUCCGGCGUACAUCAAAGACCGCACGCUGCUUAGCGAGGAACCGAUCAUGGUGCAGAAUGUUUCGACUCAGAAAAGUUGA